GGCAGCUGAGACAUUCGGUCAACAGGAAAAUAUGAAUGAUUCUAGGCAGCAAUCACUGUUCUUCAUCACAUCUCCAGAUUUACACAAACUCUGUGCUGUCAGGAUAAUAUUGAGUAAUGAGGUGGCUGAUACUGAGAUUAGAAGUACACAAAUGAAGAUAUGCAGACAAUUGCUGUUUUUGCAUCAAGAUAUUCUUACAUCACCUGUGCCUGGAAAAUUAAGCCAAAUUUGGGUAGUGAUGGCGAUACCAUUUUAUAAAGCUGGGAAACUUAAUGCCUAUAUUGAAAAAUAUGGAGCUAAAGUAGAGGCUCCACAAAGAGUAAUUCCUGUAAUUCUUCAAAACUGCCUUUCAUAUUCACUCACAGCUAGACUUGCUCCAGCCUGGAAUAAAAUCGGCCAUCUCUUGGUGCAAGGAAGAGAAUUUCUUUCUCAGAUGGGAAAGCAAAGUGCUGUUGUAUUAGACAUCAAUGUAAGUGAAACUCAAGUUUGUCUAAGUAUAGAAGCUUACACAAUCAGACUGCCAUUACCUGAGCUGAGAGAAUUUGGUAUUUCUCAGAGUAUUAUAAAGGAUUUUGAUAAUAAUAAGAAUGCUGUCAUUGAAGGACAUUCAAUUUUGAGCAACUGGUGCUAUGUUUUGCCAAGUAUGAAAAGGGGACAAAUAAUAAGUAUUCUUCACACCACACCCCCUGACUGUCCUUUUCAUUCAUAUGAAGAUUUCCAGAUGCACUGGGAUGACCUGUAUGGCUAUAAACUUCCAGAAGAUUGUGGAAAUACUAAAAUAUACUGCAGCAUCUACUUCAAAAUGAUAGGAGGAAAGAUCUUCACAUACCCUCUGAGCUGCAUCAGAAGUCAGCCCAUACAGUUCUUUCCAAGGGUAGAUUUGGAAGGUGUGUUGAAAAGUUUCGUUUCAGACUUAAAAUCUAAACUGCCUCAUAUCUGUGGCUUCCCCAUAAAGAUGACCACUAAACCUUGCUACUACACACAAGAACUAAUGAAGCCGCAUGUACAGGAAAACAAAGUCAAGGCACCUAAUCUGACCACUAAACAGAUGUUCAAGUUCUCUCUGACUCAGGCCUCUUCCCCAAGACCUGCUGUGGCUGAGCGUCUUCGACCGUGUUCAGUAGUCACGCACCACAAGGUGGAGCUUUCAGGCAACCACCUGGAGAAGCCGGGGGUGUCCUCAACUCCGCACCUCCGGCAAGAAGCUGUCCAGAAUAGAAAGAAAUCCCGGUCUGACAAAGCACCCCAAAUACACUUGGAAGUACCAAAGCCCAACAGAGAGAAGAUUCGAGUUCAAGGCACAAAUUUUAGCCCCCAGAAUAAUACUGCCCCAAAAUUCAUACCAGUUUUCAAGAAUCAGUCAUUACAAACGAAUAAAAUUAUCUUAAAACCUGGCAACCUGAAAAGAAAACAGCAUGUUGUUACAGAAUCUAAAUUGUUUUCACUUAAAAGUAGCAUGAUGCAAAAUGACAAACUGAACUUAGAUCCAGCUGUUAGAAAAAGACCUAAUCAUCAUAUUCAGAUGAAUGCUAGAAAUUUAAAUCAGAAUACUUGUAGACUACAAGAAAAAAACACUGGGUCCUGUGAAAAUAUGGUAAAAUAUCCCCCUCUUAAUGAAGAAUCAUCAACUGUGAGUUUAAAUGAAAGUAAAUACCUGUCUGAUAGUUCAGCAUUUCAGAUGUCAGAUAACAGUUCAGGUGUAAUAAACAGAGCUGUUGAGUUCCAAGUGAAUGGAAAAGAACAUUUAACAAACAAAUAUAUAACACAAAUUUUAGGGGAAGGACACAAGUCACGAAAAAUAAAGAAACAACCACACAUUUUUGAAUCAGACACAGAAAUGGAAGAUCCCCAACUACUACAGCAACAAUCAGUAAAUCAAAGUAUAAAAGUUAAUGUAAGUGAUCACAAACUGAUAAGCCAAACAACCCAUAGGUCUAAAAGAAAAUUGUGUCAAGAAUCUUCAAAAACUUCAAAAAGACUUUAUUCCAAUACUCUGCAUUAUGGACAGUCCAGUUUCUCUGGGAACAAGGUCCCUGAUGUGGACACAUCAAAACCUCAGAAAUCUGUCGUCAUCCCUAAAGCUCCGAACCUGGAUGUGAAGGGAGGAAAUGUCCAGCAGAGAUAACCACUCCGAACAGGGAUGGACAUUCAGACACACCUGUGAGCAUGGACUCAGGCUCCAUCCCUGCUGUGGAACCUCCUUUAUCACUUCACAGUUGUUGUUUUCAUGGAUGCCUAGUAUUUAUUCCGUGGUCUGUGGGUAUAUUAUAUGCAUUGCCACUACUGACUGACACUUAAGUUCUUUCCAGUUUUUCACUGUGGCAACAAUAUUGUACAUGCGGUUUUGAACAGGGUAUCUGGGUGGCUCAGUUAAGCGGCUGCCUUCAGCUUAGGUCAUGAUCCCAGGGUCCUGGGAUUGUGCUUCUUACUCAGCUGGGAGUCUGAUUCUCUGUUGCCUGCCCAUCCCCCUGCUUGUGCUUGUGCUCGCCCUCUGUGUCAAAUAAAUAAAUGAAAAAGUAUUUUUUAAUAAAACAAAAAAAUGGUUUUGAAGAGACAUUUAAAAAAAUAUCUUAAGUAUACAGUAGUUUUGUUAGUUGAAAAUACCUUUAUUUUGUCCUUACUAUUUUUAUGGAGAUUUAUUUGAAUGUAUUAUUUUUAUUAUUGAAGAUUUCAAGCUUUAGAAGAUAUAGACAAUAGUAUAAAGAUUCUCUAAGGAGCCAUCACCCAGCUUUAACAAUUAUUAAUAUUUUGCCACUCUACUUCACUUCUAUUGCUCACAGAUGCACAUUUUUUUUUACUAUACUAUUUGAAAGCAAAUUCAGUACAUCAGACAGCUCAUCCAUAAACACUUCAGUAUAGCUCACUACCAAACAAGGGAUAGCAUAAUUUUAAAGAAAAAAAGAAUAUGUGUAUGUAUAUACAUUACAUUUUUGGCCUACUUAUAGUAUCUUUACUAACUCACUAAAUUUUACUUUAGUCUAACAUGCAAACUGACAGAAAGCCCUCAGUAAACAUAAAACAUAUUUUACAGGACACCUAGAGCCUUCAGUCAUACAACUAAAAUAGAGGCGUGAAGAUUUAUUUGUUUAGCCAUAUGUAUGUGCUCUGUGCUACUGAAAUAACAAAACUGCCGUUGGCUGUGUGGUCUAGUUCCCAGCCAACCCACUCUGGGCUCCUAGCAAGGACAUAGGGGCAUAUGUGCAGUGAAACAAAUGCCAACAAUGACGUUUUGGUCUAUAAAUUU